GACAGACAAAGCGCAGAAAUAUCGCGAAGACAAAGCGCAAAAGCAAUGGAACAAAAAGAGGCCGAUUAGCUUAUCAAAACGACAACGUAGAUGUGAUCCUGUAUCAAAGUCGGCCCCACCCACGCAUUCUUCCUCUUCACCCAACCAUGUGAACGCCAAUUACUUGCCUUUUCUUUCUUCACUCCUCAGCGCUUUUCAGACACACACCCGUUCACUGUGGGAACGAGCACAAAAAUCCUCGGCGGAGUCGAAAACCUACCUGUCGCUAACGAUGUCUUCGACGGCUCCUUCGCCCUCUACUCCGUCAGAAAUGACCAACGCUACCUCUCCGCCUCCACCGCCGCUUGUCUCCACCUCUCCGGAUGUUCCUUCAAGCUCUCCGCCUCCGCCUCUGGCCCCUACUACCGGAUUAUCUCUGACUUCGCCUCCUCCUCCGGACGGGGGAUUGCCUAAGGGGGCGCUGGUAGGGCUGGUAGUGGGGAUAGUGAUAGGAGGGUUGAUUGUGCUUGUGGCUGUGGGAUUUUUCGUCAUUUGCCGUAGGAGGAGGGGGAGGAGGAGACGAGGUGAUAAUAAUGAGUCUGAUGGUCCUCCACAGGGCGCUAAAAAUGAGACUUUUGGUGGCCCACCUCAGCAUUGGCAACAAAAUGCUCCACCACCAAAGGAUGAUUUAGCGGCAUUCCUUCCCAAGCCAACUCCUCCCCCUGGAAUCACAUCAAAUCCCCAAUUGUCACAAGUCCCCCCUCCCCCUCCACAUUCUUUGGUAAGUAGCAGUUUGGACUCCGAGAAACCUAUGCCACCGCCAUCUCCUGGAUAUGCCUUAAGUCUCUCACAAACUACAUUUUCAUAUGAAGAAUUAGCCACGGCAACAAAUUUUUUCUCCGAUGCCAACCUCCUUGGUGAAGGUGGUUUUGGUUAUGUACAUAAAGGAGUCCUUCCUAAUGGAAAAAUGGUUGCAAUUAAGCAGCUGAAAUCUGGCAGCUCACAGGGGGAGCGUGAGUUUAGGGCAGAGGUUGAGGUCAUUAGCCGUGUCCAUCACAAACACCUUGUUUCACUGGUUGGAUACUGCAUUGCUGGGGCACAGAGAAUGCUUGUUUAUGAGUUUGUCCCAAAUUACACCAUGGAUUUUCAUCUACAUGGAAAGGAGAGACCGACUAUGGACUGGCCAACUAGAAUGAAAAUAGCUCUAGGGUCUGCGAAAGGAUUGGCAUAUCUGCAUGAGGACUGUCAGCCCAAGAUCAUACACCGUGACAUCAAGGCAACUAAUAUUCUUCUCGAUUAUAACUUUGACUCAAAGGUUGCAGAUUUCGGGCUUGCUAAGUUUUCAGCAGAUACUGAUACUCAUGUCUCCACUCGGGUAAUGGGAUCUUUUGGUUACUUGGCCCCCGAGUAUGCUGCUAGCGGAAAGCUCACUGACAAGUCAGAUGUCUUCUCCUUUGGGGUUGUACUGCUGGAGUUGAUUACUGGACGCCAACCUCUUGAUAAAACUCAAUCCUUCACCGAUGAUAGCAUGGUUGAGUGGGCAAGGCCUUUGCUCAUGCAUGCUUUGGAAGUUGGCAACUUUGAUGCUCUUGUUGAUCCAAGGUUGCAGAAUGAUUACAACUCUAGUGAAAUGGCCCGAAUGGUUGCCUGUGCUGCUGCUUGUGUACGUCAUUCAGCACGGUAUCGGCCAAGAAUGAGCCAGAUAGUUCGAGCUUUGGAAGGAAACCUUUCUCUGGAUGAUCUAAAUGAUGGAAUCAAACCUGGGCACAGCAGAGCUUUUGGUUCUUAUGAAAGCACCGAUUAUGACAGUAGCCAAUAUAAGCAGGACAUGGAUAAAUUCAGAAAGAUGGCACUAGAAAGCCAACAGCAUGGCACUAGUGAGAGCAGUGGACCUAGCAGCGAAUCUGCACUGCACCCAUCUAUCUCAAGCAGUGAAUACCAACAAACUGCCCGAUAGACAGAACUUGGGAAAAUCAGGAAUGAUCCCAAAGACUGGUUAAAUAUCUUGCUGGAUGAUUCCAAUCUUCUUGUAAGGUUCCCGACGUCCUGCCCCAUUAUUAUAUCACAUAAUUUGCAAAAAUCAGAGAGAUUAUCAUGCUGGCAUGAGAAACAAGAGUAGGACCCCAUCCAUUUGAGGGGUAGUUUUAGUUGAUUUUGGAUGUACAAAAGGGAAAAAAAAAAAAAAAAACUGCUUGAUUUAUGAUAGUGACCCAAGUGGCAUACUUAUUCUUCAAAACAUCAUGAAGGUUUCUGACGCCAUUUUGUUUAUUCUUGUGAGACUGAACCUUGCUCGAUCAGCUGUAUGGUCCUCUAAAGGGAUCGAGCUUAAUUGUGAGUGCUCAAACUUGCUGAGCUAAGCGGAUUUGGAGUUGGAGAGAUGUUGGGACGAGGGAGCGAUCCUGUAAUUAAUUUGAUACAUUUUUUUUUUUAUAGAGUUCCAUCAACUGUAAGCUUCGUUAUAUAUAUCGGUGUGUUAAUGGUAAUAGUUAGCAGAAUUUGAUGUUUUUUUUCUUGUUAGAAUCGAUCGACAAAGAGAAUGUUUAUUAUGGUCA